UGCAGUGGGGACACAGGCCCCAUCGAUUCAACACAACUGCAUACAUAAGCAUUUACUAAUAAUAAAGCUCGGUUUGUAUAUAAUUUUCAUGGAGUGCUACCGCUAACACAUAUGGAGUGUCAAGAGGAAAAGCCGAUCAUCUAUACUAUGGAAAACAAGCCGAUUGUGACAUGUGCUGGAGACCAGGGCUUGUUUACGUCUCUCUAUACCUCAUUGGCCCAACAACUUCCCAGGGAGCCAAUGGAAUGGAGGAGGACUUACGGCCGUGCGCCAAAAAUGAUCCACCUUGAAGCUAAUUUUGUCCAGUUUAAAGAGGAGCUGCUCCCCAAGGAGGGCAACAAGGCUCUCCUCACCUUCCCCUUCCUCCACAUCUAUUGGACCGACUGCUGUGACACAGAAGUGUAUAAGAGCACGGUGAAGGAGGACAUGAUGCGCUGGCAAAACAGCUUGCGGGCGCACGGCUCAGCAGACUGGGUCAUCAUCGUCGUGGAGACCAACGAUACCAAGAAGAAGAACAAGACCAACAUCCUGCCUCGGUCGUCCAUCGUGGACAAGAUCCGCAGCGACUUUUGCAACAAGCAGAACGACAGGUGCGUGGUGCUGUCAGAUCCUCUGAAGGACUCGUCUCGGUCUCAGGAAUCGUGGAAUUCCUUGCUGCUCAAGCUGCGAACUCUCCUCCUCAUGUCCUUCACCAAGAACCUGGGCCGCUUUGAAGACGACAUGCGGACGCUCCGAGAGAAACGCACCCAGCCUGGCUGGAGCUUCUGUGAAUACUUCAUGGUCCAGGAGGAGCUGGCCUUUGUUUUUGAGAUGCUGCAGCAGUUUGAAGAUGCCUUGGUCCAGUAUGAUGAACUAGAUGCUCUUUUUACCCAAUAUGUCCUUAACUUUGGAGCUGGAGAUACAGCCAACUGGCUCGGCUCAUUCUGCGCCCCGGUCCGCAGCUGGAGCGGCCUGCUGCUGCGGCGGCCCAUCGACAUGGAGAAGAGGGACGGGAUCCAGCGUGGAGAGGCCAGCCUGUUAGAUCUGAGGAGCUACCUGUUCUCCCGCCAGUGCACCUUACUCAUCUUCCUCCUGAGGCCCUGGGAGGUCACGCAGAGAGCCCUGGAGCUGCUGCACAACUGUGUCCAGGAGCUACGCCUGCUGGAGGUGUCAGUGCUGGAGGGGGCGCUGGACUGCUGGGUGUUUCUCAGCUGCUUGGAGGUUCUGCACAGGAUCGAAGGCUGCUGUGAUCAGGCCCAGUUAGCUGCAAACUGCUCCCAUACUGUUGGGCUGUGGGCCUAUGCAACUGACAAGCUGAAGUCCUUGGGGGAACUUUGUGGCCUGGUGUCAGAGAAGGGACCCACGUCUGAGGACCUGAACAGGACUGUGGAUCUGCUGGCCGGACUGGGGGAUGAGAGGCCCGAGACUGUUAGCAGUUUGCAGAGCCCAUAUAAAAAGCUGAAAGAAGCCUUGUCGUCUGUGGAAGCUUUUGAAAGGCACUAUCUUGAACUCUCUCAUGCUGCUAUGGAGAUGUACAGAGCCAUCGGGAGGCUGAGGUCUGCCAGGCUGGUGGGAAAAAGCCUGGCUGAGUUCUACAUGAGGAAGGGCGACCCUGAGCGGGCAGAAACCUUCUUACAGGAAGCUCUGAAGUCAUAUGUGUCAGAGGGAUGGAGCCUCCCCGUCACUCACACCAGGAAACAGAUUGCUGAGUGUCAGAAACUGCUGGGCAGAACUGAAGACUACUUGCAAACCAGUGCCUUGUUGGCUGGUGAUGUGAACCUGACCACAGAGGAGAGGAAGCACUUUUGUCAAGAAAUCCUGACGUUUGCCGGCAAGUCUGGAGAUCAGUCUCAUAAAGUGACUCUCAGCAUGGGUGUCUUCUGUCAGCUCACACGGCUCCAGUUCCACCCAGCCACAGCCUCGGUGCACUCUGGUGCCGUCCUGCAGGUGGAGCUCACUCUGCGAUGUUUGAUGCCCAUGUCGGUGCGCAUGCAGCAACUCGCCGCGAGCAUUCACUUUGACCUAGAGCGUGCGGGGACUAACGGAAGGUCUAAGGGCGCUCAGAGACAAACAAACCCAGGGACAGUAGAGUUUAGCCAGGGUAGCUCGUCAGCAGGUCCGCCCUCCUCCUCGGCUGCCGGCCCCCCUUUAGAGCUGGAUGAGAUUCAGGACAGGAGUCCUUCGGACAAUUCUCUCAACUCCACAGGAGUGGUGUGUAAAAACACUCAUCUGGUCAUGCGCCGUCAUGACAGCAGCUCGCCGCCAGACACGCCCAACUGUGUCAGCCCUCCUACUGUCACCAUGAAGGAAGGAGCACAGAUGCUGAAGGUGCAGGAUGUGACGUUAGAGCCUGGGAAUAACAGCAUCAUAUUCACAGCACCAAGUGGGCAACCAGGUACUUACACACUGCGCCAGCUGUUUGCCACCGUGGGUCAGGUGCAGUUUGUGCUGCCUCACAUCUACCCCUCGGUCCAGUAUGAAGUCUAUUCUCAGGAGCCCCAACUCACAGUGGAGCCUCUCUCAGAGCCGCUGCUGGCCGGUCUGCCUCAGAUGGUGAAGUUCACUCUGUUGACGGGUCACUACGCUGUAAAGAAAGGAGACGCUCUGCAGCUCAGCAACACAGACACUAUGCCCAUCCUGCCCUCCACCAGCUGCACCGCCCGCAUCAGCAACCCCACAGCUGAGCUAGUGGGUGAGAACACUCUGUCCAUCCAGUCCUCUGAGAAGGUGACCAGCAUCAGCCUGCCUGCUACCCCUCCGUACCACACUCUGGAGUUCCACCUGGAGGUUCUGUGCGUCAUCCCGUCCGGGUCAGACCGGCCCGCCAACGAGAGGCUGACCAACGGGGAGGUCCGCCACCGACCACGCAGCUACAGCCAUCCCGACACGCCCAUGACCGCCAUCGACCAGAGGAUGUCCAUCGACUGUCCGUGGUCCAUCUACUCUACGCUGCUCGCCCUCACUUUCUACAUCCCUUUCAAAACCAAACACUCACUGCUUUCUGCUGGUAACAGGAAGUACAUCCAGGUGUGUGUGCAGAACAUGUCAGAUGUGAACUUCACACUGGCAGAAGUGAAGCUGACAGAGAAGCAGCAUGCGUCGCUGGAGCUGCAGUCCCUCAACACUAAAACUCAACAGCUGUUGUGCAGUAAGCACAGCGUGUUCUGCCUGUGGGAGGUGAGGUGGAAGGACGACCUGCCCUCGUGUCUCCAGUGUGUUUUCUCUGCCAACUUCGCUCCGCUCAAGCAAGACGUCUCUGCCUUCAAACCCUUCCACUACCAGUUCCAGCUCGAGAGAGUCACUACACUGUACAGUGUGAAAGCUGAGAUCCUGCCUCCUGCUGGGGAGCAGCACUGUCGCUCCGGUCUGCUCUGUGGGCUGGAGGUGUGUAUAACACGACUGACUGAACCUGCAGAGGGAGAGAUGGCAGAGGAGAGCAAGACCGACACUGAUGGCCUCAAAACCACCAAACUCAUGUAUGAAGUGGCCGACAGCAGCAGUAACUGGGCCGUGUGUGGGAAGAGCUCAGGGAUGGUGUCGAUGCCGAUGGCGGCCGGCGCGACCCACAAGGUGCAGAUCGAGGUGAUGCCUCUGUUCGCUGGACACCUGCCCUUCCCCAAGAUCAAAGUGCUGAAGUACCUUCCUCACACUGCAGCUGUGGCCAUUCAGCCAGACCCUGACAGCUGCGUAGAGAACGACAGUCUCUCCCUGCUGGACAAGACGCUGGACGACCAGGCGGACACGGCGAGCAUCCGCAGCCGGGGUAGCGUGCACUCCGUGGGCAGCGGAGACCAGCAGCAGAAGGGCGUGGCCAUGCCGCGUCUGGAGCCCUUCAGCCCCGGACAGGUGUUCAAUCACACCCACACGCGGCAGGUGCUGGUGCUGCCCGCCACCGACGACCACAUCAUGGAGGUCAACGCUACAUGACCCUGGUGGCAAGAGUGCCCGCCCCCUUCUUACAGAACUGAACCCCGGCCCUGGACGGACUCUGCUGAGCUUUUACUCUGGGGCAGACCGGGUCCAUGAGUCCAUGUCGAAGACCGCUCGCUGCAGGUUGCCGGCAUGGACUCACCCCUACGCAUGAAACGUUCACAUCACUGGAGACAUUACGGACUAGACGCAGUGAAGAGCCGAUGACAUCUGCUGAUAAAAUUUAAAUAAAGAUUUUUCUUUGCCAUACUUUGUACAUAGCUCAUUGGAUGGAUUUAUAGUUAUAAAUAUAUAAAUAUAUAUAUGGACUGAUCGAUCAGAUCGGCGCCUGUCGUGCUCCUUCGAACUGAAGAAUAACAGUCCUGAUUGUCCCAUGAUGCACCAAAGCCCUAGAUGUGUGUACGCCUCGAUCAGCUACUCAAGUACUGUAACUUUGACUGAGUGUGUCCUGCUGUACGUGCUGUUCUGAGCCUCUCCACAAGUCAUCGCUUUUACAUUUGAGACUUUUGCCUUUUGUGACAGUCAAGACGUCAAAACUCAUCCUUGGAGAAAUAUCCACGAUCCUAAACAGACUCUUCUGUCCUGUCAUACUGGUAGGGUUGGGCACCGUUACCCAGUGGUACCUUUUUCCAGUAUUUUACUCUCUAUACAACAAAUAUGUAAUUUCAGGUAUAAAAAAUAAGCCCAACCUUCUCAAUCUAUACAUUGUUAUUCAACCACACACGAUAUAACCUGUCCCUAGAACUUCCAGCCUGUCAGUCUGUCACCAGGGCAUAACUUGAGAAAGAGAUACAAGCCAGCAUGAAACUCGUGCAGACAAGAAUAAGAGCGUGUAGUUAAGACCAGCUCUGCAUUUCGCAUUACAAAUAUUCAUUCUGACUCUGUAACUUGAGCGAGCUGCAGGCUCUUUGUUUUCCCCUCUCAACCAUGCGCUCCCAGGUACCAAAAUUUGGCACCAAUUGAGUAAAGCCAUACUCAGUAGUAACCUUAAAAAAAGAGUUCGAUACCCAACCUGAGACACUAGGCCUGUCAUGAUAAGUACUUUUGUUGGACGACAUCUUCAACCAGAAAUAAUAGUGAUAAACUAAAUUACUGUCAUUUUCAGACCAUUUUAUGCCACAUCUUAACGAUAUAUGGACAUGACCUUGGUCAGUUUUUGCUGAUCUUGAUCAGACAGUACGGAAAUUAUCAUGACAGGCCUUUGUGAUAAAAACAAUAUUAAUGUUGAAGUAGAAUAUUAAUGCUGGGGUCAAACUACAUAAUAUCAGCCUGGUAAUGGUCCUAAAAUGACCACAAGCAUUUAGACAGUCGUAAGGUUGUCGUGUGAAAUCAAGCAUUCAUCUUUGUAUUUUCUUAACAACGACAUAAAAACAGUUCCAAAUGGAUAAAAUAAGAAUUUGGCCACAUUUUAAAAAUAAUGCUGCCAUGUUUUAACUCAUUUAGUUCUUGUUAAUCGUUCACUGAUGAAUAGAAACUCAGUCAAUCAUAACUGCUUUUUAGGCUGCAUUUUUUUGCCUAAAAAGACAGAAAUAAAAAUAAUUCUAGAAAAUGUUCGUAAACUAUUUCCUGCGAUGAGGUUAAUUUGGAUAAAGCAGUGAAACACUUACAGAAUGUUGCUCCCCUUUCACAGCAGGGUUCUGGUGAACAUUUGGGAAAAAAAUCGCACACUUUCAUCAACAAAUUGAUAAAAAUUUGUUGAUGAAAGUGUGUAUACUACACUAAUAAAAAAUGUCAGCUUUAUUACAAGUCUACAGCAAAGAGAAUCGUUCCUGUACCUGCAGGAUGGAAGCGUCUGGUUGUCAUGGAUACAUCUUUAAAAUGACUUUAUUUUUAACUAAACAGUGACUUCAUUCUCUGACUCAAACACAAACAUCAGCACAAAACUCUCAGAUGGGAAUCACUGGUGACGGGAGAGUCUCAGACUCAGUCUAGCGGUGUGUGUCGUGUGUAUCUGUUGAGCUGUAGUUGUGUGUACGUGUGGGGGUCUACUUGUAUGUGUCUGUACGAAUGUGUGUGUGUGCGUGUGUGUGAUCAGGUGAGAUCAAGCAGUGCACAUUAUUGUCUAUCUAUUGUCUUACCUUAUCAGUGGAUUGUUCAUAUACAGUGUGUGUAUAUUUAUUCUGUGUGUGUGUGUGUGUGUGUGUGUGAGAGUGUGUGUGAUUGGGAGGUGUGUGUGCGUCGCCAAAUCUGUGUCGAGCUAUGCACACAUACCGUUCAGUGUUGAAUAGAUGAAUGAAGUCAGUCGGUGUUGGAUUGAUUCGCUCGUUUAUUUGAAAGGAUGAAUGUCUUAUUCACCCCUCCUCCUCCUCCUCUUCCUCUUCUUCCUCCUCCUCCUCUCCUCCCCCCGGCGCACACACACAGUGUAACUACAGCCUCCUGCUCCUCUUUGACCACUGUACAUACUGAUCUGUAAAUAAUGAUUCAAAUCAAAAUCAUCUUUGAUUGCCAACUAUAUUAAAAAAUCACUGGAACUGACCUGAUGUUUGGUGUUUGUGACAACGUGUUAGCUACAACGCCGUCGUUAAAGGAGGUCUCCUUACACAGAGGUGAUUGUUAAAUAUACUCAAACCCAGGAGAAUGAAUCUGCUGCUGUAAAAGCCUCCUCUUCUGGUUUUAGGUGUACCACCAAACUGUGGAAACUGGCUUCAAAAUAUUGUCCCAUUCAACCCAGUCGCCAAAGUAAAUGUUGGUACUGUACUUUUCUGCAAACCACAAAUACAUUUGUUGAUUCGUUGAUUUGUUGGUUAUAUUUAGGCUCAAAAAUCACUUCAUUAUGGUUUAAAAAAGAUCAUGUUUUGGCGUCAAACUCCCAGUUUUGCCACUAAAACCACAGCUUGAAAUGCUGCAAUGUCUUACUCAAAAAACAACUGCUUUUGGUGUUACUAUCGCGGCUGGAAAUGCCACAAUGUCUUGCUAAAAAGUGCCAGAAUCGCCACUGCAAAUGCCUCGAUGUCUCGUUAAAAGUCAGCCAGUUUUGGUGCCAUAAUCAUGGCUGGAAAUGCCACAAUGUCUGGCUAAAAACACACGGUGUAGGUGCCACAGUCGCAGCUACAAAUGCCUUGAUGUCUUGCUAAAAAACACCCGUUUUCUGGUGCCACAAAUGCCACAAUGCCUCAUUAAAAUACGCCCACUUUUGGUUCCACAAUUGCGGCUGGAAACGCUGCCAUGUCUCUCUGAAAUACAGUGUUGGUGCCACAAUCAUAGCUAGAAAUGCCCCGAUGUUUUGCGAUCAAACAUAUUAAAAUUGUGGCUGGAAAUGCCACGAUGUCUCGUUAUGAAACACCUGGAUUUGGUGCCACAAAUGAGGCGUGUGUCUUGCUUAAAAACUUGGUGUCACAAUUGCGCUGGAAUUGCUGCAACAUCUUGCUAAAAAAACACCAGGGCUUGGGGCCACAAUUAGCGCUUGGCAACUGUUUCAUGCCAUCCACUAUCUCCUCCACCUGUCGAUGACAAAGUCAGCUCAUACACAUCUAAUCUGAACUACGUCACAUUAGAUAUGUUGAUAUGCCAUGUUUAAAACGUACAAAUGUUGCAUAUUUGUGGUUUGAAGAAAUGAACAGUGCCAACAUUUCCUCUGGGGACCAGAUGGGAGCAUUACUGAGGUCCAGCACAGCUUGUGUUCCAGUUCAUCCCACAGGUGUUGGAUGGGGUUCAGGUCAGGGCUUUGUGCAGGUCAGUCAAGUUCUUCCACACCAAGCUCAGAAAAGAAUUCAUUUUACAGAUCUGACUUUGUGCACGGAGACUCUGUUAU